AAAUUCUUGUACCAGGAAUGAAUGUAUUAUAAAUUCCUUUUUCAUUUGUUCCCAGAGAAAUCACUUGUUAUUAUGCGGAAAUAAUUAUUUAAAUGAAUGAAAAGAUAUCUUGAACUUUUCCUAUAAAAGGAGUAACAGAAAGCAUUUCUAAUUGAACUUUAUUUCAUUUUAAAGCUAAAUGUAGAGAAAAGUGGGAAGAUGAAAUUAAAAUCGGUCUUUAAGGAAUUGCUUAAACUUUAUAAGCUGAUGAUAAAUUUGAUUUUGAAUUGGCUAAUAUUCCAGUAGAUUUAAACAAUUAAUAUUAUUUAUUAAUUUGGAUUUUGA